GCAGACAUUUUCUGGUUAUGGCUUGUUUGAAGAGACAAAUGCUUUUAGAUUGAAGACUGUAGGUCGACAUUAUGCCCAGUUUAUUUUAUUGAGGAGCAUGUUUUCAGAGACUUCCCACUAACCACAGAUUUGUAUAUUUGUAUAAGUUAGCUGUCCAUUUUAACCGGCUGAAUGCUUUGACUAAAAUCCAGCUAGAUAACUGUAGCACAUGGUCAUGGUGUGCUUGCGUGAGAAGUAAUGUUUCAAGUAGCAGCUAGCUAGCUAGUCUAUGGUUUCAAGUGUCAAGUUCUGAGCGCUAACAUUGAAUAUUCCGUUAAGGACAUAAUGAUGAUAAUAGUGGUGAGCAUGAAGACGGCACAUGUUACACACCAACAAGCCAGCCAGCUUCUCCACAACAAAUUUGUUGUUGUUCUGGGCGACUCCAUUCAGCGUGGGGUAUACAAAGAUCUUGUUCUGCUGUUGCAAAAGGAAAACUAUCUGGCUGCAUCUCAACUAAAGACCAAGGGUGAGGAGCAAUUUGAGAACGAUGAGCUUCUUGAGGGUGGCGUUAAAGGUCCAAUGUCCAAUGGGACUCAGUACAAGGAGAUCCGACAAUACAGUUCAGACCACCACCAAGUUCGCUUUUAUUUUAUUACACGCAUAUAUUCUGAAUAUGUACAAAGAAUUUUGGAGGACCUGGAAAAAGGUCCCAAACCGGAUUUGGUGAUCAUGAACUCUUGCGUGUGGGACGUCUCCAGAUAUGGGCGACAGUGGGAGCCAGACUACAUGGAAAAUUUGAUCACAUUUUUCAAAAAGAUCAGAGCCAUCCUCCCAGAAGAGGUUUUAAUUAUCUGGAACCUCACCAUGCCUUUGGGAGAAAACAUUAUUGGUGGCUUUUUGGUGCCAGAGGUUGCAGAGUUUGGCCCGUCGCUGCGUUUUGAUAUCAUCGAGGCCAACUACUGCAGCACCACGCUGGCCAGCGUGUACGGCCUGGACGUGCUGGACCUACACUUCCAGUUCCGCUUCAGCCUGCAGCACCGCAUGAAGGACGGGGUGCACUGGAAUGCCGUGGCCCAUCGCCGCAUCACCUGCCUGCUGCUGGCGCACGUUGCCAACGCCUGGGGUGUCGAGCUGCCACCAUCACAGCCCCCAAAAGGUCUGAAUCAGAGCUUUAGCAGCGAAGAUCUAGCCACCAAGGCGAUGUACCAACAGCCAAGGAAAGCCCAAAGACCAGUCACUAGAUGGAGACUCCAGGAGAGGAGGGCUGACUGCUACCCACUGCCUGACAGCCCCUUGAAAGUUUCGCACUGCUAUGGAGGUCUGAAUCAGCACUUUAGCGAGCAAUAUCCAGCCACCAUGGAGAUGUACCAGCAACCAAGAAAUGCUCACAAUUCAGGGAACGACCCAAGAAUGAGAAUCACUAGAUGGAGAUUACAGGAAAAGAGGGGUGACCACUACCUUCCGCCUAACAUCCUCAUGAAGAAUCCAUCCUGCUAUGGAGUGACAUGUGUCUGUCUUAUAGGUCUGUCUUAUAAUCAGAGCUUUGGCAAGCAAGAUCCAACUACCAAUGAGAUGUACCAGCAAUGUGGGAAUGCUCAGAAUUCAGUCACCAGGUGGAGCUUCCAGGAAAGGAGGGAUGACCUUUGUCUACCACCUGUCACCCCAACAAAGCCUUCACACUGUUGUCGAGGUCUGAAUCAGAGUUUUAAUGAGCAUCAUCCGCCCACCAAUGAACUGUACCAACAACCAAGGAAUACUCAGAAUGCAGAGACCAGCUGGAAACUCCAGGAAAGGAGGGAUGACUUCUACCUGCCACCUGCCACCCCAACAAAGCCUUCUCGCUGCUAUGGAGGUCUGAAUCGGAGCUUUAACAAACAAGAUUCGGCCAUCAAUGAGGUGUACCAGCAGCCAAGGAAUGCCCAGAAUUCAGUCACUAGUUUGAGACCCCAGAAAAGGAGGGCGGACUGCUACAUGAUGUCUACCCCCCACCCGAAGGCUCCACGCUGCUAUGGAGGUGCAGUGAGGCAUGUCUCUCUUGUGAGUUCGAAUUGGCAAGAUCCAGCCACCAAUGAUCUGUACCAGCAACCAAGGAAUGCCCAAAAUUCAGGUGUGAAGCAGAGUUUUGGCGAACAAGAUCUGGCUACCAGUGUGAUGUACCAGCAACCAAGGAAUACUCAGGAUUCAGUCACUAGAAGCAGCCUUCAGGAAAGGAGGGAUGACUUCUACCUGCCGCCUGCUACCCCAACAAAGCCUUCACGCUGCUAUAGAGUGCUCAAUCAGAGCUUUAGCCGGGAAGAUCCAGCCACCAGAUGGAUCAGCAGGGAGUCAAGGAAAGAGCAGUGUUCAGAACCAACUGGAUUUAACAGGUGCGAGAAUCGCCUUAAUUACCAGUGUACAUACCAGGAGCCACAUUUCAGGGAGCCACAUUUUGUCACAAGAGAACAUUGGUCCCUUAUGGCUGCAUUGUUUCUCAAGAUUUCUCCAGAGGCUACACUGCACCUCAGCUGGCUGGACAGUCUUAUUGUACGACCAGGACCAAAGACCCAGGCUUCUCUCUUGGCAACUAUCAACACCACUCUCCAAAUGACAACUAUGUGAUGCGAAACAAAUACUCCGGCCGUGCCCAGUACAGGCCGUACUGAGACCCUUCUGCCUUCCCUCCGAUUACAUUUUAAAAUGGAGCAGCUUUUACAAUUUUGCCAUUUACUAUUGUAUUGCUAUAUAAAAACAAUAAAAUUUAAAUCAAUUUAGAUAAAUAAAUAAAUGUUAAAAAUCC